AAGAGUAGAGACUAGAUUAUGCAUGCAUGCUAUCGGGCACGUGUUUAACGGAUUGCUUCAACAGAUCAGUUCAAAAUUAUAGUUAGAGUGAUCCUAUAGUCAAGAAAUGUAUAAAAUAUUCAAAAUUUGGCUCUUUCUGCAGCACGAAAGAUCUCUAAUCUUCGGACAUAUAGAGAGUGCAUCAUUAGUAUCAUAGCAGAAAUAAUUCUUAAAUACAACGAUUAUAUAUUCGGAUUGAUGUAAAUAAAUGCAAGGCCUUCAUGAUCCUAUCGCAUAUAUGCACUGCCAAAAAGAGUUUCGAUUCCGAGUGGGUCCGUACUAGUUUGGAUCCGAGUUUCCGUGUAACGCGGUUGAUUCCCUUGUUUUCAAACGAAGCAGAUGCCUUGAAACGCGUAAUCAAGGUUAUCAGCUGAUCAGCGAUAGCAGUUUCACAUUCAUCAACCGGCGACGUCUAUAAAGAGGUUUAUGUUCGUAAAAAAGCUGCAGGAACAAAUGGCCUACUUACAUUAGCACUUAUGGAAAGUUUAUGACAGAUUUUUGAUAUUUUGACAACUUGACGAUCUGAUUCGACGGUUGACUUAGCAAACUUCUACGCCAGCAUAUCAUUCCUUUCCGAAAAUUGACGCCACUAGUGCAAAUGAAUCGCAUUAAAAAUGAAGGAUCGUUAAGAAUUUAAAGUGGUUGACAGUUACUGGACAUGAUACUGUGAAGAUUACGCACUCUUACGUCAUAGAAUUUUCCGUUGAAGGGAAGACUGCAAAACGGGCUAUUCGCAGGUUUCUUAAUAUCAUGCAAUAAUAUUACCGUUAAAGAGCAAGCUGGAAAAGCGACGAGAAACGAUACGAAAUGAUUCGGAGACGAAAAGAAUUCAAACAAACGAUAGGGAUAGGCAUUAUAUUGAUUCGUAUCAUAUCCGCGUGUUAUCGUAGAUUCUAGUUACUGGCAGUGAAGAUCUAUCGCGCGGUAAACAAUAGCAAAACGAUGAAGUGAAAUAUUUUCUUCCUGAACUUUUACCGGGAGCUUAUAUCUUGUUGCUAUGACAAUGCAACAGCAUCAGCAAUCUUUGGUAAACAAAGUUCAUCUUUAAUUCAUAUUUUAAUAAGAGUUGGCCGUGUGUUUUCCUGCUAUGGAUGUAAUUUGAAGAAGAACAAUGGUGUACCUGACAAGACAAUCAAACGAACGGGGCGAACUCAGAUGAGGAGAGCAGGUGGUUCCGAGAGAGACCAAUAGAUAGAUUUUGCAGUCAGUGCUAUUAAACCUGACUUGGUUAGUUUUGACGUUCUAUUGCGACUAUUCUGUCACACUGUCUUGCAGAAGAGAUAUAUAAAUUUUCAGACACGCCUUGAGGACACACCUUUGAGCCACGGAGCGCAACCUAUAUGCAAAUGGUCAAUAUUUGAUAAAGCAGUGAAUCUGAGAAUCAAAAAGCAAAACCUUUCUUCGAUGCUCGGUCGUAAAGGAAUCGAUCAACACAGAUCGUGCAAAGAAUGUCUCGUUGGAAAGCAGUUAUACAGAAACUUGGCACGAGGGCACUCUUGUUUCUCGUGUACCUCUUCAUCGGAGCCGGGAUAUUUAUGGGUAUCGAGAAAAAAUAUAAGGAGGAAAAAAUUAAUAAGCUCGCAUUAAGAUAUAAUAGUUCAAAGCAUAAACUUAUGAGAGAUUAUGGUAUUAAUCAAACUGACAUGAAAGUGUUCGAAAACCUUAUUAAAGAACUCGUGAGCGAUGGUCUCUUUGGGGCAUCACCACAGUGGGAUUUUGCGAAUGGCUUUUUCUUUUGCGUGAAUGUUGUUACAACAAUAGGUUACGGACACAUUGUGCCUAUGUCAGUUGGAGGAAAACUAGCUUGUAUACUUUACGCAAUCAUUGGAAUUCCGCUCACUGGAUAUUUUCUUCGCACUGUUGGCAAUGAGUUAACCACACUAUUUGCCUUUUCUAUAAAAUAUUUUGAAAGAAGGCUUUAUAAUCGAGAAGCAGAAAGAAUUGAGAUGAAAUGUGCAAUUACAGCCUUCAUGUUGGCCAUUAUUUGGCUCGUCAUUGGCGGAGCUAUUUUUUCAGCAAGCGAGUUAAAAUGGGAUUUUGUAGAUGCAUUUUAUUUCUCCUUUAUAACUAUGACAACCAUUGGGUUUGGUGAUCUGGUCCCAGGCCUCCAAAACAAUGACCAGCAUGUUAGUAUUAAUCUAGCAGUUGAAGUUGCGUUUUUAAUAUUUUAUGUCAUCGGCUUGUCGUUGAUGUCAGGAGUGAUUUUCUCACUGAGUAACUUUAUAGAGGAGAAAACAAAGAAAUUUGAUAUGCAGGAUCCUAUGGAUGCCAUUAGAAACUUACGAAUUGAAAAUCUUAACACAAAGGCCAUGAAAAAACUUGGCUACAAAAUGACUAACGGACCAUUAGAUGAGAUGACGCAUUAUAAUCUCAAUACUCGCCGUGGAACGAUCGUACCCGAUGAUACAGCUCCGCGACGCAUCAGCAAAUUCUUUGACGAGGCACAGAAAGAACGAACUGCAAACAAAAAUCUCGUUCCACCUAUACUUCCAAACGGGACCCUAACGCGGAGAGCGAAAACAGCUGAUAGCGAGGAAAACGUAAUGGCAAAUGGACAGGCCAUUGCGGAGGAGAAGUGUGAUAAGUCUUUUAAGGAAGAUCAAACUACAGAAGUUGACAAUGUUACGAAAAAGCCAAACUACAGUAGAGUGGAGAGCAAUAAUAGUGUUGUUGUUGAUGUCGAUAUCAGCCCGGCACAAUCACGGAGACAUUCAAACGGUCGCCCAUUUUCAGCAAACAGCGUCAGUGGAAUACGGCGGUUAAAGGGAAAAAAUAAUAUUAUUGAACCCUCACUAGAACUCGGGACUUCGCGCAAUGAUAAUAAAAAGGUAUUUAGCACAUGGAGCGAGCCUCAGAAUGGUUAUCGCCUGACCCGGACAAUAACACAACCGGAAUGCAAGCCAUCAGAGUUCCGGAGAAGCAAUGAGAUCGGUUUGCCAUCUGAAAUGUUUGCCGGAUCAAUAAAUAAACGAAUAAGACCGAGGAAGGUCUUAGAACGAACUGCGAGUGAAUCGCAUACGGACGAAAUUGAAUACAACGAAAUAAUGGAGGAAAUUUUGAAAGAACACCUUAACACGAAGAAACCAAAGGUGAAUAUUAAGAAAAAUAAUGGAAUGAGGUCACCAACACCAGAAUUUCUAUCAUUGACGAGGCAAUUUUCUGAAGAUUGCGAGUCGCAGGUUGAAACAAACAGACAUGCUGACGACUCAGUAGCAUAGCUAGUCAACUGUAAUUUUUUAAAUUAUUUAUUAGAAAGUCAAUCCAUAGCAUAUUUCUAGGGGAAACUAGGGAGUCCCAGGGGUUCCAAAUAAACUACCAUUGCAUGCUCAAAGCCAAAAGGCAGGCAUUUAAUCGCUGUUAUUGCACAAUAAAAUAAGUACAAAAUCGCAUACGUUUGUUUAUCAUACUGUCUGGAUCAAAGCUGUACGCCAUCUAUACCAAUUCUUAACAGGCAGCAACUAGAAGAACAUUUUCUGGAUUCAAUCAAUUCCUUUUUUCAUUUAUAAAUAACCCGAUAGCUAGAUAAUAAUUAUAACAACUUUCUAACUGAUAGCAAACAUUUAUCAAAAUAGUUAUUAUCGAUGCGUGAAGAAAGCUUAUAUAUUUUUUUAAGAGAAGCCGCGCAUCAAAUGUUUAACCUGGAAAAAGGCCUUCGUAGCCGUACUGUCACAGUUCGAUUGAGCAACUUCUCCCUGACUUUCAAACUUAUAUUAAUAUGAAGAAAUGUGUAUUUAUAACAUCUUUUUAAGAUGUGGUGUAAAUAUUUAAUUAGCUAGUACACAUAGCCUUUAAAGGAAAAUUUUGUAGUGUUGACCUUCCUUUGUCAGUGAAGGAUUCUUGAUUGCUAUGCUUGGAAGAGCUUUGCUUGUCAUGAUUUUCAAGGAGGCAAAAUGAAAAGGGGCAGGUAAUAUUUUUUGGAAGAUUUUGUACCAGCUUUUGCGUAUGUAAACAAAUAGAUAAUUGCAACAUGGAACAGGACAGAACUCAGAGGGGUUGAUUUAACAGCCGAAAAUAAUAGGCCUAACGGCCUUAUCUCCUUUAUUUACGGUGGAAAUAUGACUUAUGGCCGCAUUGAUGCUCAGAAGUUUAUAUGAAUUAAACAACGAUAUUCCAUCACCAUCAAAUGAGUGUUACAGUUAUGUGACUGUGUUAGGCCAUAACACCAAAUUAACAUUGGAUGUCCAAUAUUGUAAAUACACGUUUUAAUUAUUGCACAAACCCUUCAAGGAGUGGAAUUGAUUAGAGUAGACAACUGACGCUAAUUCGCCUUAACAAGGGAAGCUCCUAAACAAGCAAGCUUUUGAGAAACUUCACUGGCUAAUAAGCGAUACGAACUGCAAUAACGAUGCGUUGAUACUGCACAAAUAAUCAGCAUAGCAUCGAAAAUAACGUAACUUAGCACAAUAUUCGAAUGUAAAUAAAUUGGUUAAUAUUUUCAUGCAAGAUGAAAUCUUUUUCAAAAGCUGGAGCCUGGUGUAUAUAUCAAUGAUUAAAUAAAAUUCAGCAAGACUAGACUCUUGGUUGUUUUUCAUUUUCACCAGACAAUCAACAGAUGUGACUAACACACAAAGAUUAUAUCAUGGAUUUGGGCUUUGCCGCGGGUUUUCGCAAAAUAUUCUGUAAACGCAGGUUAUCGCAGGUCAAGCAAUAAAACCCGACAAUCGGCUCAAAGCAAAAGAAGCAAAUUCAUUUCAUUAAAAAUUUAGUUUCAGACACAACACAGGAAAUGUCAAAAUACAAAUGCUUUUUAGAAACAGGAAAACAAGUUUUAUAACAAUCUUGAGCGGUAUUAAAUGUCUAAAAAGAUUUGAAAAUGAGAAGCAAUAUUUAAUCACUAAUUUCUGAGCACAUGAAUGUAAGAAAAUUAUAUUUCUAUCCUGUAAUCACCCAAAUUGUUUCUAAAGACAAUACAUGCAUGAUAAAUUGUUUAAAAGUUUUAGUAAAAUCAUCCAAAAUACAACCAUGAGUUGUCAUGGUGUUUCAAUAAUAAAAAAAAUUGCCCGGGAUUCCGCGGCUUCCCGCGGCCUUACGGAGUAAUAGCAACUCUUGUAACACAUUGUCUCAAUGAAUUUCUCACUGCAUUGCUUUAAUAAAAAAGAUAACGGAAGUUUCUUGAAGUUUCCUGAUAAACCAUCCUUGCCAAAACACUUCGAAGUUUUUACAGUGUUUUUUCCCUUUUACAAUGUUGCUUGAUAACAAUAUUGAAUGAUAUUAAGCGACAAUCUUAGUAGGACUAGACACAUUAACACUUCUAACGAAGGAAUCAAUAUUGUUAGGGGGGGGAAGAAUAAAGCAACAGUGUUGAUGACUUGUAGUUAAAUCCAUGGGUUGUUAAUGUUGGAAGGUGAAUAGUGUGGGGCUCGCACUAUUUUUUGCAAAGAUUUUAGUUUUUUGAAUCCUUGUUUAUAUCAUACCUACGCAUAAUUUCUAUCCUAAAAAAUCUUAAAAUCAAUGUUAAUAAACGGGGCUAAUCGAACAUUUUGUAACUGCAAGAGCGUAUGAUAAAAUAGAAAAAACAACUGACAUAAUUUUUGCCAAAACAUCUUAAAAAAUCGUAAAUAUUGCAUGCAGCCCCCCUUCCCCUUAAAAAAUGUUGCUUAUCUUUAUGCGAUUGCUUUAUGAACAUACAUUUUGAUGUGCCAAGUUGUGCAGCAAUCAAACUACUAGAAUAAAAUUCGCUGGUCAAAAUUGUUUAGGAGCGAGAGAGGGGUGCGGUGUAAGACGUUGGGUGGCCUAGAGAGGUGGAAAGAGCGAUGUAUUGUGCUUUAUCAAAAGGUUUUGGCAAGGAUUGUACAUCUAGGGAGAAAAUGGGUGGUAAGUUGACCACCUAAGUGUUUCAUUGCAUCCUUGGCUGCUCUUAAAUCUUAUAAUCUUUUUACUAAAAAACAUUUUAUAAAGAAACCGAUACUCGAUUUGCUAUAAAUGAACUUAAGUCUGAGCAUGAACGUGAGAACGGAAAACUAAGAUAAAGAAACAGUUGAAUUUUGUGAUUGCCUUGUUUGAAAUGAUAAGUGGCAUGAUUUUUUUUGAUUCAGUAAACGUUGAGGAAUUUUGCGAACCUUGAGAAGUCAAUCAAAACAUCGUUACCAACAGCGAAAAUCUCAUUUUUGAAACAGUUUACGGCUUUAAGAAAUAAUCGCAUCAAAAAAGAACUUAUUUGCUAAGACCUGAGCUUUUCCAACAACACUUCUCCCAUAAAAUAAACCUAAAAAUCACACCUGUGACCUGCGAGAUUCAACGGCUGUGCAACUUUCACAACUGUACUGCGAAAGGACUGCCAAAUCGACAUAAUUAUCUCUAAAGAAAGAGCAGCAAGUUUGUAUAACAUCGCAUUAUUUAUUAAUGGGUGAAAUCUUGCAUUUUAAACUGCUUCUCGUCAGUACAGCUGCAUCAUCUGCUCCUACAGCCAUACAAUGGCGUCACCAAGUCCACGAAAGAGCAUCUUAAAAACAAAACAACCAAAAGUCUUACGAUGAAAUUCGCUUCAAAGUCGAUAAUUUUAAAUCACUAGCCAUGGUAGCAAAAAGAAGAGUGUAGAAAAGCAUUCAAGUAAGCUAAUUCCAUCUAUUCAACUUUUGGUUAUGCGAAAUUUCAAAGUAAAAGCAGCCAACAUUACCAAGGACAAGCAAAAUUUCAAAGUAAAUAUUUCAUCUAUUUUAACAAUAAGUGGACUAGUUUUUCAAGUUAGGAAAGUAUUACUAUCCAAUAUAGAAAUAAUCCAGCGUAAAAAAACCGUGCAGGACUGUAUGCCUGGCUUUCCACUCUUCCGCAUACAAUUGCAAUGAAAAGCAAAACCAGUUCUUGACGAUACAUCAAGUUAAAAAUAAACAUACAGAGAAAUUCGCCAUAAUUUUUGGCUACUGAUA